AUGGGAGCAAGUCAAAGCAAGAAGACGGUAAAAAACCGUCAACUAAGGGAAGGAAAAGGAAAGCCACGCCUCAAUUCUCAGAGAAAGACAGCAAGAAAAGUGGGAAUCCGCGGAAUCCUUGGAGAUUCAUAUGUAUACACGCUGGGAGAUUCAAAGAAAUAUCUGUCAGAGCCAAAAGGUGGCGAAGACUUCAAUCAAACCAGAGCAAACAUCAGAUAUGGGGAAAGGUCACACUCCUUGCCAGUGCCAGUGCAGAGGAAUAAACAAAGGCUGCCAAGAGUGACAAGACUGACCAGUGUUCAUGACUCAAUGGGAGAUAUGGUAGAGUUAUACUGGGCAGCACAAGCACCGACAAACAUAGAGACAACAUGUGACAAUCCGACACAAGCACAGCAUUCUACUCUUACACGUUGCUCGGGGCUUGGUGACAAGGACGACUGCAGAGAAUUGGCAAAUGAAUUUCAAAACAAACUCAUACGAGUCAGCAGGUUGUCGAUGGAAGAAUAUGACUUCAUCAUACAAAAAGGGAACAAGACAAGAAACAUACAGCCAGUUACAACAGAGCUUAAUUGA